UAUUCAAUAUCCAACAGACAACAUCUAAACAAAUGAUAAAAUAUACAAAUAAAUAUUCAAUCAGUGAACAUUGAACAACACUGUAAUUCAUUAAUGACCGUAUUAAACUAUCUAUCUAUCUAUGUAUAUAUAUCAUAUAAUUUUAGCCAUACCUCAUACAAUAAUCUAUUCAAUUUCUCUUCCAGAUUAGCUUUCUGUUUGACAUGAUUGUAAUAAAGUACAUUCAUAUGGCUUCUUAUUUCAACUUUUGAUAUUUUUCACACCUUUGACAAUUGUUGUACAAUAGUGUUCGAAUCGACUAGCCAUAUUUAGUUAUAUAGGAUAAUUAUUGAUAGGAUUUAAAUCAAAUCUAGGUACAUGGAGGACAGUUGACAGACUCGAUCGAAGUAAAGACAGGUGUCAGGCAAGGUUGCUCAUUCUCACUCUUGCUCUUUCACCUGGUGAUGACGUCAUCAUCUGGGGGCAAGCAUGGGAUACAGUGGAAAGCUAGGAUGCAGCUGCACGAACUAGACUUCACAGAUGAUAUAGCUCUUCUAUCUCACACGCAACAACAAAUGAAGGAUAAGAUAACCAGUGUAGCAGAAGUCUCAGCAUCAGUAGGUCUCAAUAUACACCAGGGGAAAUGUAAGAUUCUCCGAUACAACAAACCAUGCAACAAUCGAAUCACACUUGACGAAGAAGAUUUGGAAGAUGUAAAAACCUUUACAUAUCUGGGCAAUAUCAUUGAUGAACACUGUGGAUCCAAUGCAGCUGUGAAGGCGCGGAUCGGCAAGGCAAGAGCAGCAUAUCUACAUUUGAAGAACAUCUGGAACUCAAAACAACUGUCAACCAACACCAAUGUCAGAAUUUUCAGUACAAAUGUCAAGACAGUUCUACUGUACUGUGCGGAAACUUGGAGAACUACGAAAGCCAUUAGCCACAAGAUACAAGUGUUUAUUAACAGUUAUCUAUGCAAAAUACUUCGGAUCCGUUGGCCAAGCACUAUUAGCAACAACCUAUUGUGGGAGAGAACAAGCCAGAUCCCAGUGGAGGAAAAAAUCAAGAAGAAGAGCUGGAAAUGAAUAGGACACACAUUGAGGGAAGCAUCCACUUGCGUUUAAAGGCAAGCCCUCACUCGGAAUCCUCAAGGCCGAAGAAGGAGAGGAAGACGAAUGAACACAUUACGCUGAGAAACGGAGACAGACAUGAGAAGAAUGAACAACAAUUGGAUAAAACUAGAAAAGAAGGUCCAGGACAUAAUGGGUUGGAGAAUGCUGGUCGGCGACAUAUACUCCAGUGGAAGUAACAGACGUAAUUAUAAAGUAAAAUAUGUCUCUGACUACAUGGUUUACUGUACUUUCUGGAUGAUAUCAAUGUGUUGAUAAAUUUUCUAUGUUACUCUGCUAACAAUAUAUAAACUAAAAACUUUUUGAAAUGAUAUUUAACUUACAGAAAUUCCAAUACGAGUCUAAUACAAA